AUGAAGUUCACAACCAGAUUAUUAAAAUACGUUCCAACAAUUAAAUUCGUCGGAGGUCCCCACCAAGCCAAAGCCGCUUCUCAUGCGGUCAAACCACAUCCAAUGGCCCCAGAAGGAUUAUUACCCGGUUCAACUUCUUCCUCCACAGCUUCUUAUAGUAGAUAUCAAAACCCAAAUCCUAUCCAACCUAAAGAAGGUGAAUACUUUUCUAGAAGUGAAUUACCUUCUAGAUUCAGAUAUAAGCCAAUUAAGGAUUCUGAUAUUGAGAAUGUGCUUAGUGGUGGUGCUGAGAUUGUUUAUUAG